AUGGCUCCCAGUACCAGUGGCAGUCUUUCAAUCAACAACCAUGACGAUGCCAUCACUCGAAUUAAGAACAUUGAAAUGAUUGAGAUGGGUCGUCAUCGAAUUAAGCCUUGGUACUUUUCUCCGUAUCCAAGUGAACUCGUUGAUGAGCCGUGCAUCUUCCUGUGCGAGUUUUGCCUGAAAUACUGCAAAUCUCGAACCUGUUUGAAAAGUCACAAUCGAAAGUGUCUCUUCAAGUAUCCACCCGGUAAUGAAGUGUACCGAAAAAAGUACUCCUCGCAAACGUUGUCAUUCUUUGAGAUUGACGGACGCAAGAACAAAUCCUACUCUCAAAAUCUGUGUCUUUUAGCCAAGUGUUUUCUUGACCAUAAAACUCUAUACUACGACACAGAUCCUUUUCUUUUCUAUGUGCUCACUGAAAAUGAUGACCAUGGUUUUCAUAUCGUGGGGUACUUUUCAAAAGAAAAGGAAUCCUCUGAAGACUACAAUGUCGCUUGCAUUCUCACUUUGCCGCCUUAUCAAAGAAAAGGGUACGGCAAACUGUUGAUUGAGUUCAGCUAUGAACUUUCAAAGGCUGAACUAAAAGCCGGAAGUCCCGAGAAACCGCUCAGUGAUCUUGGUCUUCUCUCCUAUCGAUCUUACUGGUCAGAAACUAUUCUGGAGCUUCUCAUCAAUUUAAAACCCGGAGAAAAUCACGAAAAGCCCCAGAUAACCAUCAGCGAGGUAGCUGAAAGUACGAGCAUCAAGAGAGACGAUGUUGUUUCGACGCUGCAAUCAUUGAACUUGAUCAACUACUACAAAGGCCAAUAUAUCAUUAAUUUGACAGAGGAGACUCUGAAUAAUUUCGAAAAGAUGAAUGAGAAGCGGAAGAUUCGCAUCGAUCCUAAAGAGCUCAAGUGGACGCCCAAAGACUGGUCGAAACGUGGCAAAUGGUGA